AUGGGUUGUGGAACGUUUCAGAGCUUUCACUCAUUUGUUUUUUCUCUUCUUGUUAUACUUUUGAUGUCCCUUCUUCACAAAUGCAAUGCAAGAGUCGGACAACGGAAAAGCAGAGAAGGUUCAGGAUUGGGCACAUGUAACUUGUUUGAUGGUAGUUGGGUCUAUAAUCAUAGCUAUUUUCCUCUUUACAACACUUCUAGUUGUCCUUUCAUUGAGGAACAAUUUAACUGCGAGGAAAACGGACGCCCAGAUAGACACUAUCUCCACUAUAGAUGGAAGCCUAAAGGUUGUAAAUUGCCAAGAUUUAACGGCCGAGAUUUCUUGAAGAGAUUUAAGGGAAAGAAAAUACUAUUCGUUGGGGAUUCUUUAAGUGUCAACCAGUGGCUAUCACUCACAUGCAUGAUACAUGUUGCUGUUCCUCAAUCAAAAUAUAAUCUUCAGAGAAUAGGGAACCUCUCUAGUUUCAUUUUACCGGAAUAUGGAGUUUCAGUGAUGUUAUCUCGAAACCCAUUUUUGGUGGAUCUUGUAGAAGAAGAGAUAGGCACCGUUUUAAAACUUGAUUCCAUUCAAAACGGAAACUCGUGGAAGGGAUAUGACAUGAUCAUCUUUAAUACGUGGCACUGGUGGAUUCAUGAUGGAGAUAAGAAACCAUGGAAUUAUAUACAAGAAGGCACUAAAGUUGAGAAGGAUAUGAAUCGUUUGGUUGCGUUUAUGAUGGGACUAACCACAUGGUCCAAAUGGGUAGACUCUAAUGUGGAUCCUAAAGUCACCAAAGUAUUCUUUCAGGGAAUUUCACCAACCCACUACAAUGGUAAAGAGUGGACAGCAAAAAAAUCCGUGACAUGCAAAGGACAAACAAAACCAAUAAGUGGUUCAAGAUAUCGAGCAGGUUCACCUCGCGCAGUUGUAAUUGUGAAAGAAGUGUUGGCUAACAUGUCCAAACAUGUUACUUUGUUGGAUGUAACAACUCUAUCACAGCUAAGGAAAGAUGGACAUCCUUCUUUGUAUGGCAUUGAUGGAAAAAGAGGAAAUGAUUGCAGUCAUUGGUGUCUUGCUGGUGUCCCUGAUACUUGGAAUCAACUAUUGUAUGCAAUGCUUGUUCUUCAAAAAUAA